AUGUUGCGAACGUCGAUUCGAUCCGUGAGGGUGCUCGGCCACAGGCCUGCGGCGGCCGUCGUUGGCCGCCAAUGGCAGGCCGCUGCCGCCCGCCAGAGGAGGCAUUUCGCAGACGACAAGAAGCCCGCUGUCGACCCUUCCAAACCCGCCGUCCUGCCGGCAUCAGAGACCAUCACCUCAGAGAAGAGCGCCGUCCCCGAGAUUUCCGCCGUCGAGCCGACCAUCCCCAAGCAAGAGGUUCCUCUUACGCCCCCGACUCCCGAUCCCGCGGUCGUCGUUCCCAACCUCGAGGCUGCCGCUGCCGCUGCCGCUGCUCCUCCUCCGCCCGAGUCGCCCGCCGCUGCCGCGCCCAAGAAGAAGGGUUUCUUCCGCCGAUUGAGAAACCUCGUCUUGACCCUCGCCAUCCUCGGCGCCGUCGGUUUUGGAGGCGGUGUUUGGUACUCGCGCGUCAACGAUAACUUCCACGACUUCUUCACCGAAUAUAUUCCCUUUGGCGAGCAGGCCGUUCUCUAUUUUGAGGAAGCAGACUUCCGCAAGCGAUUCCCCAACCUCUCAAACAAGAUCAAGGGAAGAGAUACCGGAAGCCAGGUCAAGAUUCCCGCCCAGAGCGGCGCGUCAUGGAGAGUAGCCGAUAACGGCGAGCCCGCCGGUCGUCAGUCGAGCGCUGUUGACAAGGCUGCUGCCAAGGUCGUCGCUGUCAAGGAGGAGGUGAGCAAGCCGGCCGAGAAGCCCAAGCCUGCGCCGGAGGCUCCCAAGGCCGCGCCUGAGCCCGCCAAGGAGACCAAGCCUGCUGCUGCUACUGCGCCCAAGGAGGACUCGAACGGAUUCAAGGCCCCCGAGGUCAACGAGCCUUCGCGAUUCCCUCCCAUUGCCCCGAUCGACGCGCUGAAGAUUGAGGAUGCCACCGAGCCCGUCGUCCAGGACCUCGUUCGCAUGCUCAACGACAUCAUCACCGUGAUCAACGCUGACAAGGCCCACGGCCGCUACUCUCCGACCAUUGCCAAGGCCAAGAGCGAGUUGAGCAAGGUCGGAGGCAAGAUCAAGGCCAUCAAGUCUUCGGUCGAGGAGAAGGCUGCUUCCGAGGUUGAGGCAAAGGUCGCCGACUUUGACAAGGCCGCCAACGACCUGAUUGCCCGCGUCGAGUCCGCCAUGGUCGCCCAGGAGACCCAGUGGAGAAAGGAUUUCGAGGACGAGAUGAAGAAGGUCAAGGAUGCCUACAACGAGCGCGUCAAGCUUCUGCUGGAGCGCGAGAAGCAGCUUAACGAGGAGCGUCUCAACAACCAGCUGCUGGAGCAGGCGCUCGCCCUGAAGAAGGAGUUCGUCGCCGAGGUGCAGGGCCACGUCGAGGCCGAGCGCGAGGGCCGUCUCGGCAAGCUCAACAACCUGUCGGCAGCCGUCCAGGACCUCGAGAAGCUGACGACGGGCUGGAACGAGGUCGUCGACACCAACCUCCGCACGCAGCAGCUCCACGUCGCCGUGGACGCCGUCCGCGCUAGCCUGGAGAACGCGACGACGCCCAAGCCGUUUACACGCGAGCUCGUUGCGCUCAAGGAGAUUGCGGCUGAGGACCCCGUCGUCAACGCGGCCAUUGCCUCGAUCAACCCGUCGGCCUACCAGCGCGGCCUCUCCAACGCGGCACAGCUUAUCGACCGCUUCAGGAUAGUCGCCAACGAGGUGCGCAAGGCGUCCCUCCUGCCCGAGGAGGCCGGCGUCGCCAGCCACGCGUCGAGCUACCUCCUCAGCAAGGUCAUGUUCAAGAAGCAGGGCCUGGUCGGCGGCGAUGACGUUGAGAGCAUCCUCACCCGCACGCAGACGCUGUUGGAGGAGGGUAACCUGGAUGCUGCGGCCCGUGAGAUGAACGGUCUGCAGGGCUGGGCGAAGACGCUGAGCAGAGACUGGCUCGGUGAGGUGAGGAAGGUUCUUGAGGUCCAGCAGGCUCUUGAUGUCAUUGCGACAGAAGCGCGCCUGCAGAGUCUCAAGGACGCCGUCGACGCGCUCAACACCCUCCAAACCCCCUUCGCGGUAAUCGAAGCCCGCCGCAAGGCAGGCAUCCGCCCCGACGAAGCCUCCGUCGCCGAAAUGCGAGCGUACCUCGCGCGCGUGGGCUACUCCGUCUCCGACCUCGACGGCCUCAACGUGAUCCACGUCGCGGGGACAAAGGGGAAAGGGAGCACCUGCGCCUUUACCGACUCCAUCCUCGCACGGCACCGCGCCGCUUCGCCAAAGUCGAUACCGCGCAAGGUCGGGUUGUUGAUCUCGCCGCAUUUGAUCGCGGUGAGGGAGCGGAUACGGAUCAACGGCGUGCCGAUAUCCGAGGCGCUGUUUGCGCGGUAUUUCUUCGAGGUGUGGGAUCGGUUGGGGGAGGAGAAUGAGGUGCUGGGAGAGGUUGUUGCGGUCGGGACGAGGCCGAUUUACUCGCGGUAUCUGACGCUGGUUAGUUUCCAUGCUUUCCUGAGCGAGGGGUGCGAUGUUGCUAUCUUGGAGACGGGGAUCGGGGGGGAGUAUGAUGCUACGAAUCUUGUGGGGCGGCCUGUGGCGACGGGGAUUACGACGUUGGGGAUCGAUCACGUUUUUGCGCUGGGGGAUACGGUGGAGAAGAUUGCGUGGCACAAGGGCGGGAUUAUGAAGGCUGGGAGCAAGGGGUUCACUGUUGAGCAGGUUGCUGGGGCGGCGGGGGUGUUGGAGGAGCGGGCGAGGGAGAAGGGGGUCGAGAUGGAGGUUGUUGGUGUUGAUCCGCGGCUUGGGGGCGUCAAGAUCCGUCCUGAUGCGGUUUUCCAGAAGAGGAAUGCGAGUUUGGCGGUGCGGCUUGCGGAGACUGCGCUGGAGAGGGUCGAUCCCGAGUUCAGGAGGGACCCGGAGAUGCUGUCGGCGCCGUUUGUGGAGGGGUUGGAGGGGGUUGUUUGGAGGGGGCGGUGUGAGGUCAAGGAGGAGGGCGCUGUUGCGUGGUACGUUGACGGGGCGCAUACGACGGAUAGUCUGAGGAUGGCGGCGCGGUGGUAUGUGGACGAGAGUGCGAGCAGGGGGAAGAAGGGGCCGAGGGCGCUGGUGUUUAACCAGCAGGGUCGGACGGAGGCGAUUGACUUUUUGGAUGGCAUGUACGAGGCUAUCAAGAGGGUGGAUGGGAGGGCGUUUGAGAGCGUGGUGUUUUGUACGAACGUUACGUAUGCCCAGACUGGGUAUAAGCGAGACUUCGUCAACCACCAGUACGACGCCAAAGCCAUCGAGGCCAUGACGGUGCAGAGGCAGUUCGCGGAGCGCUGGUCCAAGCUGGAUCCCCACGCCGACGUGCGCGUGAUACCGACUAUCGAAGAGGCCUUGAACCACGUCCGGAGCGUCGGCGAGGGCCUGCCGGAGGGCGAGAGUGUACAGGCUCUUGUCACGGGCAGUCUGCAUCUUGUUGGUGGCGCGCUGGGCAUCCUGGAGGGCGCGGAUGCUUUGUAG